GGGUCAUCUCGAUGCGCUUCGUCGCCGUUGAUUCGCCUUUAUCGAAACCGUUCGAUGUUGUGACUGGCAGAUGCCCUUUUCACCCGCUUGUGUCGUGCGAACGAGACGCGCGACACGAAUCGUGCCACACUGUGUCCAUAUCCAUAUCGAUAUCCCCGGACGUGUACAAACAUCGUUUUUUGAGCGCAGCGAAUCGGACGACUCUUCUUGGCCGGUACAUUCACGAUUAUCCAAUAAAUUCAGCGAAUCGCUCCGAUUAUAUUCUUCUUCGCUCGGAGACGAAUGAGUCGGGGAGAAACGGCAAGAGCAAUUUCCUAUUGCGACAUUCGUCCAAUGUGCCCGUCGUCGACGGGCCGACGCGCCAUGGUUUCGUUCGUAAAAGUCGCAUCUUUUCAAAAAUUUCGCGGCCGCCAGAGUCGCGCGAACCCGUCCAGAGCUCUCGCCAAACUCGAUAUCUCGAAAUGGAUCGCUCAUCGAGAAUCGAGAAUCGAGAACGAGUGCUGCCUCUAACCGCCGGUGGUGGAACUAUCGUUGUCCACACGCUGGUCGAACAAACAUUUUCGUCGCGUUGUUUGUUGUUUAUAAUAGACACAGGAAAGGACAAUAAUCGAUUAUACGCUGCUCCGAAAGGUAGAAAGUUGAUCCGGGAAGAAAAAUGGAUUUCCAAAAUCGUCCAGGAGGCAAAACUGGAGGCGGAGGUGUAGCUUCUUGGUCGGAAAGCAACCGGGACAGAAGAGAACGUCUACGACAGUUGGCGUUAGAAACUAUCGAUCUAAACAAAGAUCCGUAUUUUAUGAAGAAUCACUUAGGGUCUUACGAAUGUAAAUUGUGUCUUACUCUUCACAACAACGAGGGUAGUUAUCUGGCUCACACGCAAGGUAAAAAGCAUCAAGCUAACCUAGCUAGAAGGGCUGCCAAAGAAGCCAAGGAGGCACCGCAGACUCUCGCACCGGAGAAACCUAGAGUAGAACCCAAGAAAUUCGUGAAAAUUGGAAGACCGGGUUACAGAGUAACCAAACAACGUGAUCCGGAAACCGGGCAACAGAGUUUACUGUUCCAAGUGGAUUAUCCAGAGGUUGCGGACAAUGUAAUCCCGAGGCACAGGUUCAUGUCAGCCUAUGAACAAAAGGUCGAACCACCGGACCGCAAAUGGCAGUACUUGUUGUUUGCAGCGGAACCUUAUGAAACUAUAGCGUUCAAGGUGCCUAGCAGAGAAGUCGAAAAAGCGGAAGGGAAGUUUUGGACGCAUUGGAACAAGGAUACCAAGCAGUUUUUCCUGCAAUUUGCGUUCAAGAAUGAAAAACCAUCGAUCGGCAAAGUACCACCGCCACCGGUACCUCUCAUAAGGCCAGGUUUGGGACCGCCGAUGGUACCUGUACCACCACCGCCUAGACCUCCGAUGUUUAAUCCGGUUCCUCCACCACCCGCGCUUCUAGCUACUGGAAUGCAAAUACCUCCUCCGCCUCCGCACAUAGCGUAACAAAUAAAUCUGUAAAUAUAUUUGGAACCAAGAAAAUAUCUUCUACUAUUUAAAUUUGAUUGAGAGAA